AACAAAGAUCUACAUUGGAGCAGAAAUUGAAGGUGUUGUGAAAGUAUGAUUUCUUGCUCUGAAUCGCCAGCUCAGCCUUGAUGAUCUUACCAAAAAAAGUAGAUGAGGAAAACAUUAAAGUCACCAUGGAUGAUUUCUAGAAUGCUCUUGACGAAGUUAUUCAUGCAUUUGGUGCUUCCAUGGAUGGCCUUGAAUGCUGCAAAGUGAAUGGAAUAGUUGACUGUGGUCAGAAACAUGAUACGUCUUCAAAAGAACAAUGCUAUUAGCAAAACAAGUCAAAGUUAACAGAGGUAGUCCACUUGUCACAGUUCAUCUAGAACGUCCUAGUGGCAGUGGUAAGACUGCAAUGGUAGCUACUGUUGGUAUUAGUAGUGAUUUCCCCUAUUUGAAAAUCGUGGCUGCCCCUGAAGUGCCACACGUUCGUGUUCCUAGGACACAGGUAACACAAUCUAGUUCAUUUAUACAACAAGUCAUGUCAUUACCUUCACCUGUGGAUAUAGCUUUCUGUUAUUGCCUAUAA